GUACUCCGUACUUCGUUCCUGAUUAAGAAUCUAUCUUUUCUAUUCUUUUUCUGUUGGCAAUAUACCUGCGGUUUCAGUUUUCGUUGCUUACGUCCCGGGACUAUCAUUGACUUCAUUCAUUCGUGUUCACGGUCUUACGAACUCACAAACUCAACAUGGGUUCUACCGAUCCGUCCAAUCUGCCUUACAUUCAAACCAGCCCAAAAAUAAUCUUCUUCACUGAUUUUGACGGGACAAUAACACUGAAAGACAGCAAUGACUUCCUAACCGAUAACCUAGGGUAUGGCCAGGUAAAACGGAAACAGGGCAAUGAAGACGUCCUCACGGGCAAAGCGACUUUCCGGUCAGUCUCCACAUGAAUAUCCAUAUUUCCAUGCUCUUCAGUUGAUGCUUCCUUCUUAUAGAGAUGCCUUCCGUGAUAUGCUAGAUAGUGUCAAGCCCGGCUUUGGCGAAUGCAUUGAGAUCUUGAAGCAGAAUAUGGAAUUAGACCCAUACUUCACCGAGUUCUAUAACUGGGCCAAGGAGAACAAUGUCCCCAUCGUUGUUCUAUCGUCGGGUAUGGUCCCAAUCAUUAGCGCUUUGUUCGAAAAGUUGCUCGGCCAUAAACCGGAUCCCAAGCAUUUGACUAUUGUCGCCAAUGAUGUCGAGAGUCGGGAUGGUAAAGAUAUCAAUACUCCCGGUGGUUGGCAGAUCAAAUUCCACGAUGACAGUCACUUUGGCCAUAACAAAUCCCUCGAGAUCAAGCCAUAUGCUGCUCUGCCGGCUGAUAAACGUCCCACACUCUUGUACGCCGGUGACGGCGUGUCUGACUUGUCCGCUGCUGCCGAGACAGACCUCCUCUUCGCCAAGAAAGGACAUGACUUGAUCCGAUACUGCGAGCGUGAGGGGAUGCCAUUUACCGUCUUCGAGGACUGGUCCACCAUUCUCGCCACUACUAAGGAUAUCUAUUACGGCAAGGUUUCGGUGAAGAACGUCGCGGAACAGGGGUUAGCGAAGGUUAAGGCCGGGGAAGCUGGGCUUUAGAUUAUAGAAUAUCUUUGUAAA